GUGCUAACGUUAGCAGAGUAAUGUUGUAGUUUUCUUUUCCUUCUUGGACUCUUGGAUGUGUGGAAAUGUCCGGGUUUGAGGAGCUCCACCGCCACAGAAAGCUGCUGGAUGUGAUUUUAAUCCCUGAGAUAAAGCUGCACAGAGCAGUGCUUCCUGCAGAUGCCCAGCAGCUGUUGGUGAUUAAAGAAGAGAGCCCCCAGGAGGACACUGAGCCCCCACUCAUUAAGGAGGAACAGGAGGAACGGUGGAUCAGUCAGGAGGGAGAGCAGUAUCAAGGACUGGAGGAGGCUGACACCAAGUUCCUCUUCAGUUCUGCCUCUGUGAAGAGUGAAGAUGAUGAAGAGAAACCUCAGUCCUCACAGCUUCAUGAGAGACAAAAUGAAGAGAUGGACAUAGGAGCUGGUGGAGAGGACUGUGGGGGAGCAGAACCAGCCAGGAUCUCAGAUCCAGAGACACAUUUACAACCAGAGACUGAGGCCAAGACUGUAGAGACUUCUGGAGGAGAGACUGAUGACAGUGAUGAUUGGAGGGAGACUGGAGAACAUCAGUCAGGUUCAAAGUCUGCAAAACAUAUUAAAAAUAGGAGACCCAAGAGUAAGAAAUCACACAGCUGUUCUGUGUGUGGAAAAACAUUCAACACAGUAAGCCACUUGAUACGACACACAAAAAUUCACACAGGAGAGAAACCUUUCAGCUGCUCUGAGUGUGAUAGUAGUUUCUGUCAGAGAGAAAGUCUGAACAAACACUUGAGGAUUCACACAGGAGAGAAACCCUUCUGCUGUUCUAUUUGCAGCAAAAGAUUUAGAUGGAAAAAUAAUAUGUAUGCACACAUGAGGAUUCACACAGGAGAGAAACCCUUUAGUUGCACGGAGUGUGAUAGAAGUUUCUGUGAGAGAGGAAGUCUGACCAAACACUUGAGGAUUCACACAGGAGAGAAACCCUUCAGCUGCUCUGUUUGUAGCAAAAGAUUUACAUGUAAAAGGAUUUUGGUCUCUCACAUGAUCAUUCACACAGGAGAGAAACCUUUCAGCUGCUCUGAGUGUAGUAAAAAAUUUCCAAGAAAAAAUGAUCUAAAGAUGCACAUGAGAACCCACUCAGGAGAGAAGCCCUUCAGCUGCUCUGGUUGCAAUAAAAGAUUUACACGGAAAACUUAUAUGGUCGCUCACAUGAGGAUUCACACAGGAGAGGAAGCCUUCAGCUGCUCUGGUUGCGAUAGAAGUUUCUCUUGCAAAGGAAAUCUGACCAGACACAUGAGGAUUCACACAGGAGACAAAAACUUGAAGUUGCACUGA